AAACAAGAUUACACGGUGUUCUGAUACCUAUGAAGAUAAAGCAAGUCGGAAGCAGUCAUUAAUGAAGCCUGAAAAAUGAAGACUAAAAUGAAGUAUUCAACCACCAAAAUCUCCCCAGCAAAGAUGAACAGUUCAGCAAGCAAGGCUUUGGUAAAAUCUCCCAAGCUGAGAAAAUCCCAACAGAAAGCUGAAGAAGUUUGCCAGAUGUAUUUUAUGCAGCUGCGCUCUGGCCUUAUCAUAGAAAAGACAGCCUGUUAUUUUAGGAAAGAAAUCACCAAAAAGCAUUCACCAAGAACAGCUGAAAAGUACAAAGAGCAACAUGUGGUAUUCACUGCUUGUCGUCAACAGCUAAAGAAAGACUUUGCCUGUGAGGUACCUAUGGUCCCCAAGUGUAUUGGAGCAACUAAUAUUCCAAGUAUCCAAGAAUAUUCUGCUUCCCUGAGCACAUACAAUGAUCAAUCUAUUACUUUCGUUUUUGAGGAUGGAAGUUAUGAGAUCUAUGUAGAAGACUUGGGAAAAGACCAAGAGAAAGAUAAGGUGUUAUUCCGUUAUUAUGAUUCUCAAUCCCCCUCUCACGAAACAGGUGAUGGUGUUGAUGGCCAGACAUUAUUGGUAAACCUGAGUCCUACAAAAGACAAAGAUUUUUUGCUGCAUGCCAACAACAAGGAACACUCUGUGGAGCUACAAAAAUGUGAAAAUCAGUUGCCAGACCAGGCCUUCUUCCGCCUCCAUAGGAAGUCGUCUAAAUGUGUUUCAUUUGAAUGUAAGAACAAUCCUGGAGUGUUUAUAGGAGUAAAGGAUAACCACCUUGCUCUAAUUAAAGUAGGGGACCAAACUGAGGAUUCGAGUAUAGAGAAUACCAUAUUUAAGCUCUCUUAAACUUAAUGUGAUGAAAGCUGUGGAGCCUGGGUUGGGUAGCCCAAAUAGCUACUGCUGGAGAAAGGA